AGAAUGGCAACAAAACAUAAGGGUCGUGCAAUAGGAAUCGAUCUUGGAACUACCUACUCCUGUGUUGCUGCAUGGGAAGAACAGAAUGGUCGUGCAGAGAUUAUUGUAAAUGAUCAAGGCAACAGAACAACACCUUCUUUUGUUGCCUUCACUGAUUCUCAAAGAUUGAUUGGUGAUGCUGCUAAAAAUCAAGCUGCAGCUAACCCCUCCAACACAGUCUUUGAUGCUAAAAGGUUGAUUGGCAGAAAAUUCAAAGACCCCACAAUUGAGAAUGAUCUUAAGUUAUGGCCAUUCAAGGUUGUAUCUGGUGAUGAUGACAAACCAAUGAUUAUGGUGAACUACAAAGGCAAGGAAAAGUGUCUUGCUGCUGAAGAAAUCUCAUCUAUGAUCCUCACAAAGAUGAAGGAGAUUGCUGAGGCCUAUUUGGAGUCUUCUGUGAACAAUGCAGUGAUUACAGUUCCUGCAUACUUCAAUGACUCGCAGCGAAAAGCCACCAAGGAUGCUGGUGUCAUUGCCGGCCUUAAUGUGAUUAGAAUCAUCAACGAACCAACUGCUGCAGCUCUUGCAUAUGGCCUUCAAAAGAGAGACAAAUGUUCCGGAAAGCGUAAUGUUUUCAUAUUUGAUCUUGGUGGUGGCACCUUUGAUGUGUCUCUGGUCACAAUAGAAAAUGAAGUCUUUGAAGUUAAGGCCACUGCCGGAGACACUCAUCUGGGAGGGGAAGAUUUUGAUAACAGAAUGGUGAGUCACUUGGUACAAGAGUUCAAAAGAAAGAACAGAGUUGACAUUACUAGGGAUCCCAGAUCAUUGAGGAGGUUGAGAAAUGAAUGUGAGAAGGCGAAAAGGACACUCUCACAUGCUAAUGAGACUACUAUUGAGAUAGAUGCUUUGUUUCAAGGCAUUGACUUUCGUUUCUCUAUAACUCGUGCAAGGUUUGAAGAACUCAACAGGGACUUGUUUGUGAAGUGCAUGGAGAUUGCUCAGAAGUGUCUUGAUGAUGCUAAGAUGCAGAAAAGAGAGAUACAUGAUGUGGUCCUUGUUGGUGGAUCUUCUAGAAUCCCAAAAGUGCAGAGUUUAUUACACAACUUCCUUGAAGGGAAGGAUCUUUGCAAGAGUAUCAACCCAGAUGAAGCUGUUGCUUAUGGUGCUGCAAUUCAAGCUGCUUUGCUUAGUGAAAGUUAUAGCAUUGUGCCAAACAUGGUGCUAGUUGAUGUCACUCCUUUGUCUCUUGGUAUAGCCACUCAUGGAGAUUUGAUGAGUGUAGUGAUUCCGAGAAAUACUGCCAUUCCUGUUAAUAUGGGUUCUGUAUUUGUCACAAUUGAAGAUUAUCAAUCUGCUGCUACAUUCCCAGUUUAUGAAGGUGAAAGGUCAAAAGCUAGUGAAAAUAAUUUGCUGGGUUUAUUUUCGCUUUCGGGGCUUCCUCUUGUUCCUCGAGGCCAUCCUAUCAAUGUUAGCUUUGAACUUGAUUUUGAUGGUAUCUUAAAGGUUAGUGCUAAGGAUGAAACAACUGGUAGCAAGAAUGGAAUCACCAUUACCAAUGAGAAAGGAAGACUCUCAAGUGCUGAAAUUAAGAGAAUGAUUGAGGAAGCUGCUGUGUUCAAGGAAGAGGAUAAGAAGUUCAAGAAAAUGAUCAAAGCAAAGAAUGCUUUGGAUUAUUAUGUUUACAGGAUGGAGAAAGCUUUGAAGGAUUUUGAUGUAAGCUCUAUGAUUUCACCUUCCGAAAAGCAGAGAAUUAAGGCUGCAUUGAGAGACGGAAAAAGUUUGAUUCAGAAUGAGCAUCAAACUGAAGCUUCUGUGUUUGAGAACUAUCUUAAAAAAUUACAGAACAUUACCAACCAAUAG